AUGGGUCGCUCUCUUUUCAAAAAGUUGCUUUUUGACGACUUAGAUGAGGAUGAGAUAAUGACGCGAAUUUUUAAGGGUUCAACUAAACAAAAACGUCGUCGGUAUAUCGAACGUGAUCGUUUGGCACGCCAUAAAAGACUUUAUCUCGACUACUUUUCUGACACACUAGUGUAUCCUCCUAAUUUAUUUCGGAGGAGAUUUCCGAUGAGUCGGAAUCUUUUUCUUCGUAUUCAGCAUGAGGUAGAGGCAUAUGAAUCUUACUUUAUCCAAAAAAGAGAUAAUGCCCAAAAAUGGGGUUUAUCUUCUCUUCAAAAGAUAACAGCUGCACUUAGGAUGCUUGCGUAUGGAGUUACAGCUGAUUUUAUGGAUGAGUAUGUGCGAAUUGGAGAAUCCACUGCAAUGAAAAGUCUAAAAAAAUUUGUUAAAGCGGUGGUUGAUAUUUUCUCCAAGGAAUACUUGAGGUCUCCAAACAACGAAGACAUUGCUAGACUUUUAGCCAAUAGGGAAAGACGUGGAUUUCCAGGACAAGGACGUGCUCCUGCAGUUAAUUACUCAAUCAAUGGUCAUGAGUAUACAAUAGGAUACUACCUUGCCGAUGGCAUAUAUCCAAAGUGGUCAACAUUCGUUAAAACAAUUCCAUCUCCACAAGGACACAAAAGCAAAUUAUUUGCAAAAGCCCAAGAGGUGAAUAGGAAGGAUGUAGAGCGUGCAUUUGGAGUGCUUCAAGCAAGAUUUGCAAUUAUGUGUGGACCUACAAGAUUUUUCCAUAGUGAAACGCUUCAAGACAUCAUGAAAGCGUGUGUAAUUCUUCAUAACAUGAUCAUUGAGGAUGAACGAGAUGUAAAUGAAGCAGUGGAAUUAGAUUAUGAGCAAAUUAAUGACAAUCCUACUAUACAACUGUCACGAGAGAACACAAAUACAUUUACGGAGUUCAUUGAAACCCAUCAAUGUAUUCAAGACCAUAAAAAUCAUUUUCAACUCCAAUCAGACCUCAUUGAGCAUUUAUGGCAAUUACAAGGGGAGUUGUAG